GCGAAGCUGUUUUUCCAGAGUGUAAGUGAGGGAGCAUGAAAGGUUUUGGGCAAGGGGUGUCAUACCAAUAGGUGCGGGCGCCAGGGUCCAGCCUUAACGUGUAGAUGCUUCCAUAACGACGCUGAGUGCGAGUCCCGCCCUCCCUGCCUGCCACCCGCAGCUCUCGGUCGGAGAGGCGGGUACAGGUGUGACUACUGAGGCCGGCAGGGGAGCAGCUGCCGGGGGCGGCGGUCCACGCCUCCCACACACCGCGCUCGGUGUCCAGGGCGCUUACUGUGGCCAGGCGGCGCGACCCAUCCCAGCCGCCCACUACACAGAGCCAGCGCCCGCCCACCGGCGCCGCGUCGUGGUGGCUGCGCCUCGGGCCGCCCCGGGCUCCCACCCGCACGGCCUGGCCCUCAGCCGGAUCGAAGACCACCAUAUCACUGCUCGGCUCUCUCGCUCCUCCGGCUAGGAGACCCCCCACCAGAUAGAACCGUCCCCGCAGUUCGGUGCAUGAAUGAAAGGCCCGCGCCAGCAGCGGAUCCCACGCCACCGGCCGCCAAGUCCAGCCUGAGCCCCCUGUCCCACCCACCGCCCCGGCCAUGGGCCCGGGGAGGGGCGGGCUGCGGGGCCGGCGGCCCGGAGCACCCCUACCUGGGGGCGCAGGCUUCCCCGGAACCGCUUCUACACCCCUACCGGAAGCCUGUCCGGGUCCCCACCUCAAACCACCUGCUUCGCUCCGCCGUCGCCCAGCAACCACUGCAGCGGCUGCAGCACGACCGCUGCAAACUGAAGGUCGCAAAGCACUGGUUACCGUGGAGACAGGAGACCUGGGUAGCCACCAUGAAUUAGUGAUGUCACCAUGGCGACAGGAGCUGUGCGAGGUCGGUGCCCGGCGGGCGAGCUGGAGACCUCGGACUUGGUGACCGUGGUGCUGGGCCAGGACGCAAAACUGCCCUGCUUCUACCGAGGGGACCCGGGCGAGCAGGUGGAGCAAGUGGCAUGGGCUCGUGUGCAUGAGGGCGAGGGCGGCCAGGAGCUGGCACUUCUGAACUCUAAAUACGGGCUAUACGUGAGCUCAGCCUACGAGGGCCGCGUGGAACAGCCGCCUCCCCCAAGGAACCCCCUGGACGGUGCGGUGCUUCUGCGCAACGCGGUGCAGGCGGACGAGGGCGAGUACGAGUGUCGCGUCAGUACCUUCCCUGCCGGCAGCUUCCAGGCGCAGCUUCGGCUCCGCGUGCUGGUGCCUCCCCUGCCCUCGCUGAAUCCUGGUCCAGCACUAGAAGAGGGCCAGGGCCUGACACUGGCAGCUUCCUGCACAGCAGAGGGUAGCCCGGCCCCCAGCGUGACCUGGGACACAGAGGUCAAGGGCACAACAUCCAGCCGCUCUUUCGCGCACUCUCGCUCAGCUGCUGUCACUUCAGAAUUCCAUCUGGUGCCCAGCCGCAGCAUGAAUGGACAGCCACUUACCUGCGUGGUGUCGCACCCUGGCCUGCUCCAGGACCAAAGGAUCACCCACAUCCUCCAAGUGGCCUUCCUUGCUGAGGCCUCUGUGAGGGGCCUUGAAGACCAAAAGCUGUGGCAGGUUGGCAGAGAAGGAGCUAUGCUCAAGUGCCUGAGUGAAGGGCAGCCUCCUCCCUCGUACAACUGGACACGGCUGGACGGGCCUCUGCCCAGUGGGGUACAAGCAGAAGGAGAUACUCUGACCUUCCCCCCGCUGACCACUGAGCACAGUGGCACCUACGUCUGCCACGUCAGCAAUGAACUCUCCUCAAGGGAUUCUCAGGUGGAUGUGGAUGUUCUUGCAGACCCCCAGGAUACCACGGGGAAGCAGGUGGAUCUGGUGUCGGCCUCCGUGGUGGUGGUGGGUGUGAUCGCCGCACUCUUGUUCUGCCUUCUGGUGGUGGUGGUGGUGCUCAUGUCCCGAUACCAUCGGCGCAAGGCCCAGCAGAUGACCCAGAAAUAUGAGGAGGAGCUGACCCUGACCAGGGAGAACUCCAUCCGGAGGCUGCAUUCCCAUCACUCGGACCCCAGGAACCAGCCGGAGGAGAGUGUAGGGCUGACAGCCGAGGGCCACCCUGAUGGUCUCAAGGACAACAGUAGCUGCUCUGUGAUGAGCGAAGAGGCAGAGGGCCGCAGUUACUCCACGCUGACCACAGUGCGGGAGAUUGAAACACAGACUGAACUGUUGUCUCCAGGCUCUGGGCGGACAGAGGAGGAGGAAGAUCAGGAUGAAGGCAUCAAACAGGCCAUGAACCAUUUUGUUCAGGAGAACGGGACCCUGCGGGCCAAGCCCACGGGCAAUGGCAUCUACAUCAAUGGGCGGGGGCACCUGGUCUGACCCAGGCUUGCCUCCGUCCCCUAAGCCUGGCUCCCUCUGCUGACAUGGAAGAUUUCAGCUCAUCCCCGGGGAGCCUCCCUACACACCUCAUUUCCUGAGGAAGAUGCUCCCCACCCCACUGACUGCUCGACCUUUUCCUCCGGUCCUUCUGUUGGAUGACGGAAGGGCUCUGCUUGUUGAGUCCCUCCCACAGUGUGUGCAGGUCACUGUGUGUGCAUUAGUGCUUGUCUGAGUGUGCACUGUGUGUGCGCGGAGGGGUGACCGUGCCCACGGUGUGCGUUGUGUUGUCACGUCAGAGUCCAAGUGAACCGUGGUGUGUGUGCCACAGGGUUCAGUGGCUGCAUGGGGAACGCCACAGGGGAUCGGUGCAUGUGUCGUGUGGCUGUGUGACCUUUGCCUGUAAAACGCAGGUGUUUUCCUCAGACCCCAGAGCAGUAUUAAUGAUGCAGAGGUUGGAGGCGGGAGGUGGAGACUGUGGGCCAGGUCCAGGUGUGCGGGCAUAGCUGGAGCUGGAAUCUGGCCUCCUGAGUGCGGGAGCCGGGCUCCCACCACUUGGGAGCUGUCAGGGCAAGUGUAAAGCAGCGGGCCUAGGGGUGGGCCAGAGGCUCAAACUGUUACAGAAGAAACCCUCUGCCCUCUGGUGGCCUCUGGGCCUGCUGCAUGUACGUAUUUGUUGUACGUAAACCUGCACAGUGGAGCUUCUUUGAGGACUACUGCCCCAAAUGCAUUCAUAAGACAAAAGACUUUUUAUAAACUUUUGAUUCACCUGGACAUUUAUUACUGCAAGGACUGCUUAAAGUCACAUCAGCCUACACAAGAAUUCAGCAAAGCUAGACCUUGCUCAGGUCCUACCCCAGGGGGUUAGUUCCUGUGGUUCUGAAAGGUGCUCCGUCUAAGGCAUCUUAAUCUAGGCAGGCUCUUGGGAGGGAGCCGAAGAGCUGAUAGAAUUUGAAGGAGGGGUGUGCGCCCCUCCGUUACUGGCUAUGGGAGGGUAGGUAGGGUCCUUGGCCCUAGGGGCUCCUGAGCUCUUCCCCUAGCCUCAUGUUUUCUUAGUUGUAUCCACAGUUGUUUGUGAUCCCUUGGUGGGGGGCUGCUAGGACUUGGUGACAAGGGCUUCUGGUUUGGUUGUGGUGUAGGGGAGAGAGAAGAGUGAUUAUAGACCAAGGGAGGUGAAGGAGCUGCUGGGAGCAAGAAUGUCUCCUUUUCCCCAGGGGUCUCAGGGUUACUAACUUGGGUCACUAACUUCCAGCCGUUUCUCUGGUUGGGAUUAGAUAAGGUCCAUUUUUGCCUGUCCCACCCAAAUACAUUCAACCAGAAUAUCUAGAUUUAGUGCCCAAACCCUGCUCAGCCCGAACUCUGCUGGAUUUCUGGACCAAAGGAGAGACUCUCAUCCCCUGCUCUCCAGCCAGCCCAGGACUUUGGAGGCGGAACCUGAAGAUAUGGAACUCUAGUAUGUAUAUUUUGUGUAAAUAUGUUCAUAUUUGUACAUAAAAAAGAUAUUCUGUUUUUAAAUAAACAGAUAAAACCUGUUC